GCAUUAAAAUGGCAACAAUCUACGUCAUAACAAUACUCUUAAAUUUGAUCUAUCUGAGUUACCAACAACAAUGCGUAAUAUCCACAUAUGAAGAUGUGGAUUCUGUCGUAUCCAGUUGUACCGACAUCGCCAUAGACGAUCUCAUCGUGCCUGCCUCGACGACCCUCACACUGAACCUCCAAGAGGGUACCACGCUCACCCUGAGAGGAAAUAUCUCGUUUGGGUUUGAUAAUUGGAGUGGACCGCUAGUUCUGAUUACGGGAAGUUCACUCACAGUCAUAGCAGCACCAGGUGCGGUUUUCGAUGGUCAGGGAGAACGCUACUGGGACGGUCAAGGCAUAUGGGGUUCUUUGAAGCCAUUGCUCUUGCGCAUCGAGGCGACCAACAGUGUGUUCUCAGGCAUAAACAUACUCAACUGUCCAAUAAGGUGCAGCAGGAUAAAGGACUCCAACAACGUCACAAUUAGCAACUGGAACAUAGACAAUUCGGCAGGUGAUGUGGAUGCAGCUCAACCCCAAAAUUCCGCCCAGAAUACGGAAGGAAUACAAGUUGUAACCUCGGUUGGCAUAUCACUGUUAGAUUCCCAGGUUACCAAUCAGGAUGAUUGCGUGGCAAUCAAUUCAGGAUCGAAUGUAGUCGUAUCGGACAUCAAUUGUGACGGAAGUCAUGGACUGAGCAUAGGUUCAAUUGGCCCUAGUGGCCUUGAUGCUGACGCUUUUGAUGAAAACUCCAUCGACAACGUGACCAUAAAAAACUCCGCUCUUGUGAAUGGCCAAAAUGGAAUUCAAAUUAUAACGUAUGUCGACGCUCCUAAUGGACUAAUUAGCAAUGUGCUUUACGAGAACAUCACUUUCGAAGGACCGAACACGUACGGCAUCGAAAUUCAACAAAACUACCGAAACGUACCUCCGAACGUUACCACGGAUCCUACCCCGGUGGGCAACGUCCCCAUAGUCAACUUGACCCUCAGAAAUAUUGUGGGCAACGUAGCCGCAUCGGCCGUACCAGUCUGCAUAAAAUGCGCCGAUGGGGCGUGUCUCAAUUUUGAUUGGCACAACGUCACCGUAACCGGAGUUCUCCCGAACGAUUGCAAUGUUAAUCCGGAUGGCUACGACUGCUAGAAAUCUUAUCUGUAGAGUCUUAAAUAAGUAUUCCUGUUUUUCUUCGGCACAAAUUUGUAUUAUAUUGGAAUAUAAAAAGUGAAAUAUAUACAUCCCAUUUCUCAUCAAUUCGUCAAGACGAUUAAGUCCUU